AUGGAUAAUCGUUCAAGCUAUGCUAACCAUGUGUCUCGUUAUAAGUCCGGCAUGUUUGGCGCUAAACGCGUAAGGAAAUGCUUCAAUGAUAACAUCAGACAUAUCAGCAAGCCAGACAUACGUCGGUUAGCUCGUCGUGGUGGUGUCAAGCGUAUCAGUUAUGAUGUCUACGAUGAAGCUCGCGUCGCGAUGAAGUUGUUCCUAGAGAAUAUCAUUCGCAGUGCAGUCAUGUAUUGCGAUCAUGCAAACCGCCGAACGAUCACCUCGCUAGAUGUUGUUCAUGCGGUGAAACUGCACAAGAGGGCAAUAUAUGGGUACGGCCAUUAA